UUCAUCUUAAGGAAGUUUGUCAUUGAACGGUUGUAUAAACACCGUGAAAAUUGUGUCCUAACACAGGAUUUUCGUGGAAAAGGCAAAAUACUUUUUGGUACUUUUGUAUAUUUUAAUUCACGAAAAUUUGUAAUACAGAUGGAAAAAACAGCCCACAUUUUUGCAGAUUUUUCAUCAAUCAAACACAAUCUCGAUACAACAGAUACUUUUGAGGGGCAAGUUUAUUGUAUAGAAAGUUUAGAAAUAGUGACUUCUUUCCGAAGAUCCAGGAGAACGCAGAAAAUUGGCGAUAGAUUUUUCGAUAACUACUUAGAAAUCACAUUCUGCUAUCCACAGAAGUACCAUUUAGAGGAGCAGACCAAUUUUGAUUGAAAUGGCUGCUUGCAACAUAUUUGAGGAGGAUGAAGUGUUCAAAAUCACCAAGGAUGGUGUCUCUUAUGGACUUGUUCUUGAAACAGCUGAGUACACAAGCUCUGAUGAAGAGGAGGAUAACUUUGAUAAUGAGGAUAGAGUAAAAAAGGGCACUGUUCGCGUCGCCUGGCAUCCAGAGGGCGGAGAAGAGGUCGUGAAUGAAAAUGAGAUCAAACUAGCUGACCGCUCGUUGAUGCCGGGCGACGUUGUCAGGCGCUUGAUAUCUGGUGAAAACAGUCAACGAGGUUAUGUCAAAAAUAUGAGGGUCAGUUGUCACCUUCAGGUCCUUGGUACAAACACAGUCAUCUGUGAUGCUGAUAGUAAGGAUCUUCUCUCCAUGCAGGACUGGGAUCCAGACCCUGGCUAUGUCACGCUGGAUUCUUGGGUUGGACGAGUCGUCUAUCCAAACACUGAAGUCAUCCUUCGAUUUGCAGAUGGAGCCAGAGUGCAGAUGCCAGAAGUUGAUCUCUCAGAUUUUACUGAUGUCAAUGAGAAACGGGAUGAUAAUUCCGAAUUUGGCAACAGCUAUUUCUACAUAGGCCAGUUGCUUGAAAGUGGACCCGAGAUAUUUGUUUUUCCAUCAAGUGAAAACCCCGAGGCUAAGUGGCUGCAUGAAACCAAAGCUCAUAAUCCAAGUAGUAUGCAGAAGAUGAAAGAUCAGAAUAUAAGGCUGACAGUAGAACAGAUUGUUACAAAGUCACUGGAGGUCCAGUGGAUGUGCCGUGGCUAUGCUCGAGUCGAAAAUCCCAACGACAAGAUUCAUCCUCCUCCGAGACUGAUCCAAGGAGACGACCUGAAAAAUUUGAGAAAGUUGGCUUGCUUUGAACACUGUAGUGUUCAAAUUGGUGAUAGGUGUUACUACCAGAUAAAGGAGAAUGAACAAACACAAAACCUUGUGCUCAAGAAGAAACAGACGCCAAUGCAUUUCCUCCACAAGGGAGACAUGGCGCUAACUGUCUCACAGUCUUCCAAAGAGAGAAAGAAUCGGGAUAAGAAGUACCAGUACGAGCAUGAGUGGGAUUAUGUAAAGAAACCAGAGACUGGAAAUGUUGACUUGGAGCUGAAAGCAGACACCAUUGAUAUUACUGAUUCAACAGCAGACAACAGGUGUGGCUUAGCAGACAAUAAAGAUGGUGCAGCGUGCUCCGAGUUGACUCCAAGGAGUGCUCUUGGUGCUCGUGAUGGUGAGACAUUAGAAGGCAACUUUGAUCCUGAGGAAGACGCAAGUAGUACAGCGGUCAAUCUAGACGGUAAUGAUGAGCAGGAUGACCUUGAGGAUGGGGAGUAUGAUGGGUUUGACACUGAUAGUGAGUCUGAGUCGCACUCUAGCGCAUCAGACACAGCUGAACAUGCUCCCUCGAAGAAGCGACGUGUCAGACGAGGAAUGUCUCUCAAGUCUCGGAAUUUACGUAAACGCAUGACGAAACGAUGUAAGAAGAAAGUGCCCCCUAAAGAGCCUAGAACAUAUCACGCAGGCGAGAUGGUUGCUGUUGAAGUCAUUUAUACACUGUCCCAUGUUGAUGUAGUCUGGCAGGAUGCCACAGUAGAAACCGGUAUACCCUCCCUUGAGUUGUUCCCUAUUCACCAUCUCGAUGAGUUGGAAUUCUUCCCAGGUGAUUUUGUUAUUGAUGCCAAAGCUGAUGGACCCCAGGGCCAGUAUGGUGUAGUUAUGACUGUGGAUCAUCAGGCCAGGACGUGUAUUGUAAGGUGGUUAAAGCCGUACCAAGUAGGAAAGGGAAAUAGGCCAGAUGUGUCUAUUGAACCAGAUGAAGUGAGCGUGUACGAUAUCAAGGAUCACCCAGAUUACAAGUUCAGGCCGGAUCAAGUCGUAGUGAGAGUUGGUGGAUAUGAGGAUACAAGUUCGCCAAUGGAAGCUGCAGGACAAAUCUAUGAAAUCCAUCCAGACGGUAGUCUAGAAAUCCAGUGGGCGAAUGGUACCAAGGCUAGGAGCUACCCUCAGGAAAUAUUUCUAGUCGGAGAUGAGGCGUCAGAAAUCAGUGAAUACUCUAGUACUGACCUUGAGGAGGAUGACGACAGUCUGUGCAGCUGGGAAACAGAGGCAGAAGAAACACAAUCAGAAUCUGAUUCCGAAGAUGAUAAGAACAAGGAUGGAGAGAAGCCAAAGGAGACGAGAGAGAGUGACGAGGAGAUCCCUAUCAGGCCUGAAGAUAAGGUGGAGUUGGAUCAGCUCUUGGAUAAAGCAAAGAAUGCUUUGGAGAAGUUAGAGGGACUCUUUUCAAUCCAAGUUGACAUCUCCCCACAGGCUGGCGAGUUUUAUAAAAAUAUCUUACAUGUCAAUAGAAAUUGCCAAGAUUUGGACAGGAUUUUAGGGUCAUCUUUUUUCUCCGAUCCAGAUCUUAUAUCGGUUGUGUCAAAGUUACGAAAGGAGGUGAAAAAGGAGAAACGUGCUAAGAUGACACAGCAGGUGCUGCAGCUGUUUGAGCAGAAUCUGAAUGAGUUGAGGAAUCAGGAGGCGGAGGGUGGCAUGGAAUUGGCAACUGAGGGUAAAGCUGCAUCUGACUUAGAAGCAGUGACUGCAUCGGGUGACCAGAUCUGUAAGAAUUCUGUUGGCGACACUAAUUUGAAAGAAGACUUUAAAAAGGACGCUGUAAAGGACUCAGUUGAGUUUCCGAGAGACACACUUGUAGAAGAUAAGUUAUCUGACAAAGCUACAAAUGGUAAAACUGAUGGAGUUGUGGGGUCUGAAGGUAUACCAGAGAGUACAGAUGAAGACCAUGGUCGGAAAAGGCGGAGGAAUAAGACACCUGGAGAUCAGGUUUCUGGUUUGAUGUCUGACAAUGUUGAUAUUACGCUACGUAUGUCACGGAAAAAGGGUGGUAAAGUUGUAAUCUCUGUGAAGCCAGGAGAAGAGAAGGAGAACAAGAAUGCUUCUGACCUGGACACUGGUGAUGAUAAAAAACGUGAGAGUGGUCAGUCUGGAGAUGAGAGUGAUGUGUUGUUGUCUCAAGUCGACUCGAUGAAAGCACGGGAACUGUGUGAACGUGCGUGCCAUUGCCUGAAGGAACAGAUUCAGAAAGUUCAAAAUGAACUGGACAAAAUCUGGCAGAAGAAGUUGAACCAGAUGCAGAAAAAUCAGCUGCCUGUUGGAGCAGACGACAGCACUGAAGGGAAGGAGUUAGAUGGGGAAAAGAUAGAGGGUGCGUGUGGUGAGCAGACGGAUGGCGAUCAGAAGACGUUUAAUCCUGAUCAACUCCUGAGUCCGCUUACACCUGACCAAUCCAAGCUGUUGCCGAUAUUUGAAGAGAGGUUCUCCCUCAUGGAAGAGACUCCUGAUCAACACCGAUUCAAGACCAAGGAACAUCAACCCCAGGAUCCAAAAACUUUCUUCUCCGCUGUCAAGAAAGAGAUCAAGUUGCUGAGGAAGAAUCUUCCAGCCGGUAUCAAAGUGAAAGGAUUUGAGGACAGAAUGGAUCUGUACUCAGUCCUUAUUGUUGGUCCGUCUAAGACACCCUAUGAAGACGGACUGUUUCUCUUUGAUGUCCAGCUGCCAAGUAGCUACCCGUCUGUACCACCAACGUUUCAUUACCUCUCGUUCUGCUCAGAUCGUAUGAAUCCUAAUCUCUACGAAGAUGGCAAAGUCUGUGUGAGCUUGUUAGGAACAUGGGGAGGAAAGGGAACAGAGUUGUGGAAUAGUAACUCGACCAUGCUGCAGGUGUUGAUUUCAAUCCAGGGUUUGAUCCUAAAUGCUGAACCUUACUACAACGAAGCAGGUUUUGAAAGGCAAAGAGCAACACAACAAGGCAUGGAAAACAGCAAGGUCUACAAUGAGAUGGCCAUAUUAAAACUGGUUGAAUCAAUGACACGGAUGAUCCAUGACCCACCAAUUGUCUUCAAAGAUGAAAUCAUCACCCACUUACAUACAACAGCUUACAGAAUGAUUCAAAGGUUAACCUCAUGGAUCAAAGUGUCUCAGCGUAACAACCUACUCAUAAUGAAGAAGAUGAAACCUGAGCCUGGUUCUGGACAACAAAAGGAAGAUUCGAAAGCAGACAAAAGUAUGACUGCUGAGUGUGCGUCCAUGGGAGUUGCAAUAUGUGAUGGCUUAGAGGACUGUGAAAGGCCAGAGUUCCCACUUCUACCAGCAUCUCGUGGCUUCUGUAUCACACUCGAGAAACGUCUUGAUGAAUUCAAGACUAUUCUGGACACUUUUGGUGUUGGGGAUGAGGCCAAGUCAUCCUAGUGAAGAGUUUAUUAGGCAUUGUUCUUAACAAAUUACACUAUUUUGAAAUCAAGUCGAUCCAAAUGAAGUGCUGUGACAUGUGUUUGAAGGAAGCUUCAUGCUGCAGAGCUUGUAUGCCUAGAAUUCCCCUUCAAGGACUCACUGCUAUAUCGCUUUCCUUUGAGAAUCACUUCAUUUCACUUUGGCUUGAUGUCAGAAUAAUAGGUACUGUUGCACAUUUAAUGAUGAAACCAGUAUGAAAUCUUCAUCUGGAGAAUGGUUUUGUAUGAUAACGAUACAUACUGGCACUCCAGUCGUUGCAGUUGUGAUCAGGCAGAUUGCUGUUCUUCCAACAGAGGGAGCUUCCUAUGGUCCGACAUGGAAGGUUGGCAUGGCAUCAGCCAAGAAUAGCUCAAUCAGCGUCCUGUUAAACACUGACCUUAAAAAGAAACAACUUAAUGCUGUGGGGUCGUGCUGAACUUUUGUCUCUGAAAAUGACUUCACUGAGUGCCAGUGCAGUGACGAAUAUGUGACUUUCUGUCAAUAGUCGGUAGUUUAUUAUUGUAAAGCAUGUUUCUGCAUUUUGUGACUGUAGACCUCAUGCCACUGUCUAGUUCCUAUACAUAGCAUAGAAAGAAACCCUUGCAUUUGUGAUGGACUCUACCUCUGAGCUGAAAGGCUAUAGCUUGUGGUCAGAAGCAGAAUAAUAGCUGGAUUUGUUCACCUACUAUGUAGGCUUGACAUUGCUAAUCAGGUUGUUCAGACACAAGUAUGUAAAGUCACAAUGUUGUGAUGAAUAUCACAGACUAAUAGUCCUUUGACUCUGUCUUUUUUCCUUGAUGUAUUACAUGUAGUAGAGGAAUGAUUCAGUGGAGAAAAAGCUUUCAUGUGCUAUGUCAUACGUAUCAUUCAGCCUUGUAGCAUGUGACCUUUAGAAAUUGAAUGGAAAUUCAUCUAAUCAUAUUUGAUGACUAUCAAUAGUGAUGAUCCAUACCAUAAACUUUCUUUUUGUGGAUUGAUGCAGCAUCAAGAAGAUAGUACCGUAUAUGACCUCUCUUCCGAAUACCUUUGAGUGAAUGUUUGAUCAUUGCAUAGCUGAACUCACACACCCAUGCAUGAGUGACUGACCACUUAACAUUUACAGUUGAGCAGUGAAUGAGCAGUUAAGUCUUGAACCAAUUAACUUGAGAAAGUCCAGGGGUCAAUGUGCCAGUUCAUAUAUACAUGUAUGUACAGUUAUGCUGCUAAUUAGGUGCUAGUCAUCUUAUGUUAAUUACUAAGGCAGGUACUUUCAAAGUUUUGUUGUUUUUUAUGUUUUGUUUGUGCUAUAUACAUGUAUAUCCUGGUGGUUUUGUUACAAUAUUUCAGAUCAUUUCUCAGUCUGUCAUCAUGGAGAAUUGUGAAUCCCUGCUUGUAAUCUGUUUUGCUAUAGAGGAAACAUUGAUAAAACUCACUUGUAAUUGCCAUCAUUUUUGGUAAUUUGGUGGAUUCACAAAAACAUCUAGCCCUAAUGAUAGUUAGAUAUUGCAAAUUAGAAACGUGAAUACAGUGAAAAAAAUAAAUAAUUGCACCGUCUGAGGGCCUUUACGUCUAAUAGUUCCAUGUUUUUUACUGUAGGGUAUUGUGAAAUGAGUCCUCAACAUGGCACUUGCUGCAGAAAUAUUCAAUGGUCAUGGAUCCUCUCAAAUUAAAAAUUGUUAUGCAGUCAUGACGACACAAUCACCUUAUCAUGUGCCAGUGGAGCUUGCUUGUCUCCCUCUUUUGCUUUGAGAUGCUCAA